AUGAGUGAGUCGUCGACCAGCUCUUCGGCCAACUCUUCAGAUGACGAGCAGUUCUACGACGCCAUCAACGAUGAAGAGGUGAUCCGAUGCGACGCCAAUCACCACAACAAAGACACCACAGCUUUGAAUGUCAACAAAAUGAGUGAAUCCGUGGCCUCGGGAUCGGUGCAGAUGGCAGACAGCGGUCUCUUCUCAUCCCAAUCGAGUGAUGCCAACGAUUUAGUGCCGGAUGUGAUCACCGAAACAGUUCCCGAUGUGGUCCCCAAACUGAACAAAUGUGUCACUUCUCAGAAGACGUCGGAACUGAUUGUUGGCGUGAAUGCAGUGAAUGAUAGCGAAGACAAGUCAUCGACAGUGCCAACGAUAGCGCAGCCAAAGCCUCCUCCGAGGGCUCGCAAAAAGAAAUUACAAAACAAUUUCAAUGAAAAGACAAACAACGCGUCCGUCGACGAGACGAUCGCUCCUAAUGUGGGACCAAAUGGUGCGGCGAUUGCAUCGACUGAACCACGAGACCAUUGGCCGCAAAGCACGGAUGCAUCGCGUCUGCAGACACCGACCACUUCUUACGGCCAUUCGUCGACUCUGUCGAGUAUUUUGGAUGAUAUCGUUAGCAUUAAAGGAGAUCUCAGUCUAAACGAAGCAUUUCUGUCGACAAUCGGUGACCGCAGAAGUGUUUACGUCGAGGAGUUGCCGAAACUCAGUAAAGAACUGGUCCUCAAGUCGGAUGACUUGACGGCAUCGAUGGCACAAAUGGCAAAGUCGUUGAAAGAGCCUAAAGAACAAGAAGUACUGAAUCAGAUAAUGAUUCUGAAUAUCGAUACGGGAGAGAGAGUGCCGUUGAGUAAAGCCGAAGAAAUACUUCCCAAAUGUUUGAAUCCUUUGAGUUUGCAUUUAAUGAAACUGACGAACGAUUUCUGUGAGGGAGACGUCUGUUCCAUAGCCUCGGGAAUGACAGCUCAGGAGAACCUCAUGAGAGACAGUGCUUUCGAUGACGAGGACGACGACGACGACCGCAAUGAAAGCGUCUCCGGAAGAGACAAACUCAGGAAAGGGAUGAAAAUUUUGCGCAAAAAGUCUGGAAGUCUUUGGAAAGGAGUGAAAGGUGUGAAGAGUGGCGGCAAAGAGAGGUCUACUUUUCAUGUGGACCUGAAAACACCGCACAUGGAGGCCGAGCCUCUGCCUCGAUAUAAGAUCAAAGUAAACCACAAGAGGGGAACUCCUGAUUUCGAUGGCCUUAAACUACUACAGGAGUUGUAUGACUGCAAGGGAGCCAUUUGGGUCAUGAAGUUCAGUGUCUGCGGACAACUGCUGGCAGCCGCCGGACAGGACCACCUCCUGAGGGUCUACUGUUCGCAGAAGUCGUGGAAAUACUUCACUCAACUGCGAAACAAGGCGUCCGGACAACACGUGUCCCCCAAUUCGACUAACGAGAGGGACACCAACGGGUCGUUUGGACGCUCGACUUCAUUGCCGAGGAGUUUAAGUGUUUCGAGUUCUGAGAACUUGAAGUUCGAGUCUUCGGUGUCCAGUAGUGUCGCCAAUCAUAUCCUCUUUGAGGACAACACACUCAGCGAAGAGGGACCUAUGCUUCUGUUCAGUGCAUAUCGCGGUCACACCGCAGACGUGUUGGACAUCGCGUGGUCUAAGAAUCACUUCCUGUUGUCGUCAUCGAUGGACAAGACUGUGAGGCUGUGGCACAUCACACGCAUCGAGUGUUUGUGUACUUUCCGUCACAUCGAUUUCGUGACAACCAUUCAGUUCCAUCCCAGGGAUGACCGCUAUUUCCUGAGCGGUUCACUGGACGGGAAGUUGCGUUUGUGGAACAUUCCCGACAAGAGGGUCACCCUCUGGAACGAAGUGAUGGCUCUGCCGACACAACAGUCGCGCAGUACUGGCACUCAAGAGUCAGUGCCGGCUCACGGACUGAUCACUUCGUCGUCUUUUGUGCAAAAUGGGAAGUUCGCAGUCAUUGGCACCUAUGACGGCAGGAUUAUCUUCUACUCGACGGAUCAACUCAAGUAUUUCACACAAAUCCAUGUGAGUGGCAGUGGAAAGAACAACAGCUCUGCGCAGAUAUCUAACGCCAACAGCGGCAGUGACCGCCGGCGCCGACGCAAUAACAAUAAGGUUACGGGUAUUGAAGGGGUGGACGACAACAAAAUUCUGGUCACAACUAAUGACUCGCGACUCAGACUCUAUGACUUGAGGGAUCUCUCGCUUACCUGUAAAUACAGGGGUGUUGUGAACGAGUCGAGUCAGAUCAAGGCCUCCACCUCUCACGACAGCAAAUAUAUAAUCUGCGGCUCAGAAAACGCCUCUUUCUAUAUAUGGAGGCUUCAGGACAACACCACUAUUGGUCAGCGCCGGGACCGCAACAAGCAAUACGAGGCCAUACGCCUACUGCCGCCACAACCCACCCAUUCGAUGGCCGACUCCAUGCAAAUGGCGAGUCCGCCACCGAUGACCACUAAGAUCGUCACUUCGGCCAUCUUUGCUCCCGUUCCCCAACAGAUCGACGAAAAGGCUAAAUAUAUUAUAGCCGUCGCCGACUUCAACGGCAAUAUUCGCAUAUUUUCCAAAUGA